CAUUCCCCAGGAUCGGCAAGUCGGAUGUUGAAUGGCCGUUCUUCACCAUCGGGGACGCCAACGCCAAUACCGGUGACCGAGGCAAGACACCAUGGAGCCGGCGGACCCUGUGCUCCGCAACGCAUCAACUGUCGCCCGAGACACUGGCACUGAUGCGAAAUCGCAGCAGCAACAGCCAGUGCCGUCGGCGUCAUCAGCUGCUGCAUUCUCCCCCCAAACACCCAGCUCCGCCACCACCCUCACCGCUGCCACGCCCGCCGCUCUCGACCCCCACAGCAGCAGCAGCAGCAAUAACAACAAUAACAACAAUAACAACAAGAAUAAUAACAAUAACAACCGCUCCGGCGGAAACCCCAAUCUCUACAACCCAUCAUCCCUGACUCCGCCCGGCACCGGCAAUGCCGCUGACGACGAGCACGAGCACGAUCACGAUCAUGCACACGGCGCCGAGCCGAAGAAGCCCCGCGCCUGCGAGUCCUGCCGCGGCCUCAAAGUCCGCUGCGACCCGGACCCAGCCAACCCAGAGGGCCCCUGCCGGCGGUGCGCCAAGGCCAAGCGUGCCUGCGUGGUCACCCAGCCGACUAGGAAGAGGCAGAAGAAGACGGACAGUAGGGUUGCUGAGCUGGAGAAGAAGAUUGAUGCCUUGACGGCCAGCUUGCAGGCUAGUCGCGGAUCUACUAGUGUGGGUAUGGGUGUGGGUGGUGUGGGUGUUGGAGAUGGGGGUGCUGGUGGUGGUGUUGGUGGUUGGCCGAGGGGGCAGGAUAUUGGUGGGCGGAGGGUGGAGGAGGGUCACGGUGUGAGGUAUCCUCCUACUCCUACUCUUCCUCCUCCUCCUCCUCCGCCGCCGCCGCCUCCGCAUCCUGCUGGUAUGAUGCCCGCGCCUCCUGCUGUGGCGGGGCAGAAGAGGAAGCUUGAUGAGAGGAGGGAAUCCGGGGAAGAUGUUGGCUUUGCGACUGUCGCGCGGGACACGCCGUCGCUUUCGAGCUCGGCGACGCCGCAGCCUGGCGCGGACGCCGGCAGGGAGCAGCAAGCUGCUGAUGUCGUGGAGAGGGAGAUCCUGACCAUGCCGCUAGCGAACGAGCUCCUGAUCCGCUACGUGACCCAGAUGUUCCCGCACCUUCCCGCUGUCGUCAUCCCGCCAGGCACGACGGCGGCCGACCUCAGGGCGUCCAAGCCGCUGCUGUUCCUCGCCAUCAUGGCCGCUGCGUCGUCCGAGAACCCGGCUCUGCAGCGGAUCCUGACCAAGGAGCUCAUGCAGGUCCUGGCCGAGAGGAUCAUCGUCCGGGGCCACAAGAACCUCGAGCUGAUCCAGGCGCUCCAGAUCGCCACCAUCUGGUACUGGCCGCCGGAGCGGUUUGAGGAGCUCAAGUUCUACCAGCUGGUGCAUGUCGCCGCCGUCAUGGCGAUCGAGAUUGGCCUGGGCCGGAAGAGGUCGGCCAAGGGGGGGUUCCGGAAACACAUCGCCUACGUCUGGCGCGACCAUCCGAUGCGGAAGCCCGCGCUGCCGGAUCCGACGACCUUCGAGGCCCGGCGGGCAUGGUUGACGUGCUACUUCAUGGCCACUAAUACCUCCAUGGCGCUGCACCGCCCCAACCUCAUCCGCUGGACGCCUUUCAUCAACGAGUGCAUGGAUCUUCUCAAGUCGUCGCCCGAGGCCGCACCCACGGACAAGUACCUGUGCCACCUGGUGUGGACGCACAGGCUGGCCGAGGAGGUCGGCAUCCAGUUCUCGAUGGACGAUCCCCCCUCGACUCCCGAUCUCGCCGAGACCAGGACGCAGCAUGUGCUGAACUGGUUCGAGCGUGAGUUGGAGAGGUACCGCACCGCGAUCCCGAAGGAGAUGCAGCAGCCAUCACUCAUGUUGGGCUUCGAGGUUAUCAACCUGUACAUGCAUGAGAUUGCCACCCACAGCGAUACCGGCGACGAUUCCAAUCCGAACGUCAAUGACAUGUUGCUUCGGUCGGAUGCUCCUCUGCCGCUGGCACACGUUAGAGCUUUGUCUGCCUGCACGAAAGCCAUCGACGGCAUUUUCGAGGUGUUUCUGUCCCUUGACGUCCAGACCAUCCGCUGCCUGCCGGUGUUCAACUUUGUGCGUGUCGCCUACGCUGUCGUCGUUCUCAUCAAGAUGUACUUUGCCGCGUCAUCGCCCAAAAGCGAACUAGGGAAGUACAUCCCCAAGGACGAUAUGAAGGUCGAGCAACAUCUUGAGGACCUACUCGAGAAGUUCCGUGCCACCGCCGACAAGGACAGGAGCCGGCCGGCCGGCAAGUUCCUCGUCGUGCUCGUCAUGAUCCGCACCUGGUUCCAUAAGCAGAAACAGAGCCAGAGCGGGGGGAGCAACCAAGGCUCGGGUGCCGCCGCAACCGACACCCAACUUCCCCCCUUCCCUUUCCCGGGCAGUGGAGAAAGAGAUACCCCUACUCCAGUCCCGCAGCAGCGGCCGCAGCAACAAGACUACUCUACCAGCACCCCGCUGCAACUCCUGUCCGAGAUCGCCACCCACAACUCGGCCGCGGCAUCCGGCCCGGGCACGAGCAGCUCACGGCCAUCCACCAGCGCAGAUUUCACGCAAACAACUGCCUCUGCCUCCCCAUGGCUCAGCAAACCAUCGUUCGCCUACGACCCCAUCACCAACACCACGGCACCAGUACCACAAUCCUCCCAACAGCAGCAGACAGCCACGACAACAGAAACCACCUCCUCCACCGGAGCCCCCGCCCAGAGUCCCAACGCAACAUUCCCCCCCGGAUCCGAUUUCGACUACGACUAUGCCGCCUUCAGCGCCAACGGCUUCGCCGAAGCCAUGGAAUACACCCUAGGCGGCUUUACGGAUGCGGAUAUGGGAUUUGGGUAUUGGUUGGGGCAGGACUUUCAACUUCCUUCUAUCUCUGCAUCUGCAUCCGCAUCGGCAUCGGCAUCUGGUGGUCCCCCUUCCGGGUCGAGCGGGAGUGCCCCGUGGUUCCCGCCGCCGCCGCCCCCGCCGCCGCCAAAUAUGGGUGUGGGCUUGGAUUCCCUGGGGGUUGCUGCCCGUUCUCCUCCUGCUGCUCCUGCUCCUCCUACUCUUCCUGCCCCUCCUGGGCUCGGUGGGCAUGCUCGUCAUUCUGGGGCCGGGGUGGGUGGUGGAGCGUAUGGUUUCUGA